ACUCUCGGGUCGGCCUUUUCAUUUUAGUUUUCAGUUUUUCAUUUUAGUUUUCACUUUCCUAAAAAAAAAAUCAAGGAAAAAAGGCUUGUGAACAUGGUGCGUAUGUGCGUGUUGUGUCGCAGCAGCGAGGCCAAAGAUGAAGUGUCCUUCGGGCCCACCAUUGUGGAGUACAAUAUAAUGGUGCACCGCAACUGCCUGUACCUGAGCUCCAAUCUCGUGCAGCGCGGCAACAGCCGUGUGGGCAUCUUGCGCUUCCUCAAGGACGACAUCGUCGCCGAGGCCAGGCGUUGCCGCCACCUGAUCUGCUGCUACUGCCACCAGCCGGGUGCCAACAUCGGCUGCUGCAAGUUCGGCUGCCGCCGCACCUUCCACACCAAGUGCGGCAUCGACAACCUGGCCCAGAACCAAUUCAGGGGCACGUACAAGUCCUUUUGCCACCAGCAUGUGAUCACCCAUCACCGUCGUCCGACCAGCGACGAUGCCAUCUGUGUCAUCUGCACGGAGCAACUGAUCGAGAAGGGCAAGCGCUUCAAUGCGGUGAACAUGCUCUAUUCGCCAUGCUGCCAGAACGGCUGGUACCACCGCAGAUGCCUCCAGAAGUAUGCCAACACCUCUGGCUACUUCUUCAAGUGCCCGCUGUGCAACAACACACAGGAGUUCCACGACGUCACCCUCAUGGGCAUCGCCGUGUCUAGCCAGGAUGCAAUUUGGGAGACAGAGCCUAAUGCAUACGCCGAACACUUCCGUCGCGACAUUGCCUGCGUUGCCAAGGUAUGCAGGGCAAUGGCCGGCCGCAGUGACAACUCGCUCUCGCUGAUAUACUGCAGCACUUGCGGCUCCAAUCCGUCCCAUGCCGUGUGCGUCUCCCAAGUAUAUUGCACUUACGUCUGCUACGUUUGCUUGCCCGUCAUGCCCACUCCGCGGUCCAUGGCUAAGUCUGACAACGAGUCGGUAAACUCCGAUGAAAGUGAUUUUGUGCCCUUCGCCCAGGAGUCCUCUAACCGACGGACUCCCCCCAUGUCUGAAAACGCGGCCGCCAUGGGGAACGAGCGCGAUAGUGUGCCGUCCAAGCUGUAUACCUCCGGCUGGGAUGAUAGCGAUGACACCGGGGACGACGAGGAAGUGUUCGAACGGUUGGCCCAACGCACUCAGCAUACAGUCGCUGAGUCGUCUGAUGAUGAGCAGCCCUCCACCUCUGCGGCUGCGGCGGCGGCGGCGGCUGCCCGUACGCAAGCUAACCGGCGCAGGUCAACCCGUUCCAGUGCGGCUGCAGCAGCUGUGGCCGCACCGCGUCGCAGCAGCCUUCGUCUGUCGGCCCAGAAUAAUAACCAGGAGAACACCGAGCCCUCCGGCUCCUCAUCUAGCGGCGCCCGUCGUUCUUUGCGCUCCCGUCGCACAAUGCCAGCCAAAAGGUUCGAUAGCGAGGAGGAGGAUUCGGACAAUGAUAAUACUGACAAGAAGAAGAACAAGCGCCGACCAAAGAAACGCGCCGUGUCGCCAUCCCCAUCGGCUAUGCCAGCCAGCCGGCGCUACUUGCGCUCCAUGUCGCCGAACUUCGCCACUGCUCGCUACUUGCGCUCUGUCACCCCGGAGGCCGUUGAAGCUCGUGCCAACAACCAGACGCCACAAGGAAUAACCAUGCGUCGCAUGACCAUGGCCAGCUCCACCGCCAGUCGCUCCAUUGCCAAGACUCCACCAGGCAAUAGCAUGCGCCGCACGUCGAUGACUCCGGAGGCCGUUGCCAGUCGCUCUAACGGCCAGGCGCCAGCAGGAAGGAACGUGCGCCGCCGGACCAUGACCAGCUCGAACGCGGCUCGCGACAUGGAUGUGUCUUGCGUGGCAAACAGAACUCGCAACCGCUUGCCCAGCUACAUGGCCCACCGCAAGUAGGGACAGCGAACUAAUACUCUAAAGACAGCAUUCCAUGUACAAAACACUGACCAUGCAGCGGAUCCCAAUGCGGGCGUUACAUCCGCUGCAGCUAUUUUAGUUUAUGUUACGUUUAAACAUCGUUUGCCCCACGCCAUACCACCCAGUGGUACCACGCCAGUGGUAGGUGAACACAGAUCUCCCCACAAAUGGUAUUAUUAGGGCCUUUUUCUUUGAAAAGCCAUUCAAAAACGUAUUUAUUCGAAGAUUAUACAAAUUUUUGGAAAAUUUGUUAUUGAAAAAGAAAACUAAGGAAAAAUUAUUUUUUUUCUGUUUUCUGUUUGCAUAAAAUUUACAAUUUACAAUUUUUGGAAGCAAUGACAUACUCAAGGUGUUGAGGAUAAAACAUUCAAAAAAAUUGAAUGCUAAAUUUUUCCACCUUGUUAGAACCCCGUCCACUGGUUUUUCUUUUAAAUUUUCGUAAAACUAAAGAAGUUAUACAAUUCAAUGAAAUAUGAGUUUUGAAUGGCUUUUCUCUGUAACGACGCAUAAGCAGCAUUUGACACAGUACAAAAUAUUAUGUAAACAUGUUCAUCCAAAAAUGUAUUACUAUACAAAAAACCACACUCGAAUUGGACGGUACAUAAAUAUGAAUAAAACAAGGGUUCUUAUUUACCAAA